GAUGUAACAGUUUUUGCAGGGAGGAAAAAUGAGAAUCUUGAUGUCUGGUUUUCUGACCAAACUCAACCUUUCAAUAUGUAUUCACAACAACCUGAAGUUGUUAAGGCUAUACUAUGCGCAGGACUAUAUCCUAAUAUUGCAGCUAAUGAUAAGGGAAUUACAGAGACAGCGGUUAACAGUUUGACAAAGCAAGGGAACCAAACAAAGAGUUAUUCAGCGUGGUACGAUGGCAGAAGGGAAGUCUAUAUCCAUCCGUCCUCUAUUAACAGCAACUUCAAAGCAUUUCAGUACCCUUUCCUUGUAUUCCUUGAGAAGGUUGAAACGAACAAAGUGUAUCUGCGUGAUACAACCAUUGUUUCUCCUUUCUCCAUUCUUCUUUUUGGCGGCUCAAUCAAUGUUCAUCAUCAGAGUGGAUCAGUCACCAUUGAUGGGUGGUUGAAGAUAGCAGCACCAGCACAAACUGCAGUUUUGUUCAAAGAGCUUCGGUUAACCCUACAUUCUAUCCUAAAAGAUCUUAUCCGGAAACCCGAGAUAUCAGGGAUAGUCCACAACGAGGUGGUCAAAUAUAUGGUCCAUCUUCUUAUAGAAGAAGGCAAACCGCAACACACUUGAACUAAAGCCACUAUUUGAAAGGUGUAGGAUGCAAUGUUACUGGGUUACUUCCAUGGCUAAUAAUAUCAGUUUUUGGGAGGUGAAUUCAGACAUCAAUAAAAACAAGUAAUAACUGUGAGGAGCUUUUAAAAUAUUAUUCAAGUCCCUCUUCUUGGUUAAGUCUAUAGUUAUGAUCACGUCACUUUUCUCCUCUCAAUCUCUCUCUCUCUCUCUCUCUUGUACAACCCAGAACCUACUAAAUAAUAUAUUUUGAUUACGUGAAUGAGAACCCCAAAUCCCGAUACUGAUUACAAAGUAAAAGCUGAUAAGAACGGUGAUCUCAUGACGAUCACGGAGGUCUCAAUAGCGACUCUUCCUACGUCAUACUGAUACGUUCCAUACGAUAGACUUCCCGAAGAAGAAGCCAACAUGGCCAUUGGCUAUGAGUGACGUGGCAGGGAGAGGCAAAGACUCGGUCUCUACUGGAGGUUUUGCCAUCGAAGCUUUUAUCUUCUGUAUAACAUAGUCAGUCCUCUCUGUAUUACGAGUUUCUCAUGCUGAACGUAUGUGAAAUCUAGCUCCGUCAUAUGAGACAUCUAGUGCGAUCGUUACUGCUUUGGCAUCACGUUAUCUGUAUUUCUUAUCGUUGGAUCUUCCUUUUACAUACCGAAUUCAUCUUCUUCGUUGUGUGUGUGUUGAGUGGGUUUGAGUUACAGAGAGAGAUUGUAUUGAUAGGGAGACUUCGUCGUAACAAACUUAUCACAUACACAGAUGACAAUAUAUCUUCUUGCAAAGCCUCUUUCUCACGUUAUGGCGUUGCUCGAGCUGUUCCCUACUUAUUCAGUCAAUCUUUGUGUUGACCUCUUCUUCCUCUGAUGCUUUAGCACAUGAAGGCUCUCCCUUACUCUGUAUCCAUGGUGCUCCACCUCUUCAUCUCUCUCAAAUCAGUUAAGCUGGCUCUGGAUCUAGCUCGUUUAGUGGUGUGGAAUUUGUUUUGUGUUUUGCGGCAAUUGGACUCUCUAGCGGCUCUGGCUCCUGCAGUGUGUCUCUGAAGGGUUAGCUACCUUUCGAUCCGCUCUCUCUAUAUGUUAUUUUGGUUUAAUGGGUGUAAUGGUCACGGCGAGUGUGCUUGGAGACGGCAAUCUUCUGGUCAGCUCUACUCUCGUGCUGUCGGAGGUCUUUUUUGUCAGGUGUUUUGGGUUUGUUUCAUGCUUGGGUUCUUGGUCUGGGUCAGAUUUGGGCGGGUGGUCAGAAGCUACAAGAGUCGUUAUUUCAAGGUUUUUAAGGUACCUUUCUCUCGGUAGCUCGUGGUGCUUGGUUCUCUUCCUUGACCAGUCUGGUUUCUUUUGAUCUGAGCCCAUCUCGUUGCUUUGCUGACUUAGGCCUACUUCCGUCAUUUUCUGGGUUUGGUCUAUUCCGGUUCAGAAUUGUUGUUUAGUCUAAAUUUUUGUAUUCCGCUUAAAGUGUCUUUGUAAUUUCUGUCACAAAUUUAAAAGUAGUAUAAAAUUUAACAACAUCUUAUCCCAAAAAGUGCUAUAAGUUUAGUUUAUAGUGGAUUCUGAAGCUUCAUAUAAAAAUUAAGAUGCACUUAAUUCUCCUGAUUAUUUUUACGUAAGCAUUUACUUGUAUAUUUGUGCAUGUAUGUAUAAAGAAUCUCAUUUCUUGGAUAUAAUCUUUGAAUUUUGUGUUGCUGUAAUGUAUGUUCUUUAAGAAAUAAAUAUGUUCUUUAAGAAAUAAAUAUUAAGAAUGGUCAACUUGUACAUAUUUACCUUCAUUUGGUUAUAGAGAUAAGAAUUAAUAGAUUUUAAACCAUACUUGGAAUUAGGUAGGGAAUGUACAUACAUUUGAAGUGUAGAUAAAUGGACGUUUAAAUCAAGUUUAGAGAAACACAAAAAAAAAAAAAAUCAACUUGACUUUUCCUAAGUUGUGUCGUUAAAAGAGCUUAAACUUUUGCUUUAACAAAUGAAAUUUCUAAUUUGUCUUUUGGCUCUAUCAUUUUGGAAUUUGACGGCUAGUUCAUCACGUAUCUCUCCUCAUGGUUUAGAACACAAGCAACCAAAAAAUUUCAACAUUGAUAUAGGAAAGACAGUGGUGGUUGGUCAGAGUGGUGCAACUCACUUCAAAACCAUCCAAGCAGCCAUCGACUCCGUUCCCUCUGGUAACAAUAAAUGGAUCAAGAUUCAGCUUCAAAACGGAAUCUACUUCGAAAAGAUAGUGAUUCCGAUGGAGAAAGAAAAGAUAAUAUUGCAGGGAAACAACCCAUUAGAAGUGAUAAUUCAAUAUAAUGAUGCAGGACAAGCCAGUUCGAGUGGUCCGAUGAUCGUUAACGCCGAGUACUUCAUUGCGAUCAAUGUCACAUUCAAGAACUCUUAUAACAGUAUAGCAUCAGUAGUACCAUAUAAAAAGAUAAAGGUAGCUCCAUCAAUUGUACUAUUGGCGGACAAGGCGUGGUUCUAUGGCUGCAGUUUCAUCAGUGUCCAAGACACACUCGCUGACUUAGUCGGCCGUCACUACUUCAAACUC